UCUACAUCCUCAGCCUUGCGAUACUUCAAUCUUUAUUUCACUCAGAUCAGCACCGGAUACUGUUUAAUCUUAAUAUACUGCAUUGUAUCACUCAUCGCGAUACUCAUUUAUAUCUUCUUUCUACCCACAUAUGCUCACUGUUCAAUUCUAGCUUGAGGAAAUCGACACCAUGUCGGCCAACGACACCCCUCCUAAUGGUCGUAGUCCAGAGCGCGAGACGAGCAACGCUGAACCAGAACACGAACGAGGUGGCUCACAGAAGCGAAAAGCAUCGUCGCAUUCCCCGGACGAUAGCAAGGCUUCACAGUCUCCGAAAAGAACUCGAUUAGAGGAAGACUCAAAAGGGCGCGAAACUACUAAAGCGUCGCCCACAUCGAAGCAAUCUACUACAGACCGUCGCGAGAAUGCGCGUCAGGAAGAGAGAAAGCGCGGAAAGCGGUUAUUUGGUGGUUUGCUAAGCACACUAAGUCAAACCACUUCUAGCUCGCAGCAAAAGAGACGCCAAGAAAUUGAGCGACGACAGCAGGCAAGAGUUCAUCAACAAAGAGCCGAGGAUGAUAAGCAUAGAGAAGAGAAACUAGCGAAGCUCAAGGCUAUACGAGAGGAGGAACAGAUCAAGUUUGACGAGCGAGUUAUGAAAACAAAGCAUUCCAAUAUGCUCGCGAUGGCACGCUUUUUGGAGACGAGGAGCGAACCCAAGAUAUAUUACCUACCAUGGGAUCCCACGGACGAACAAGAUCGCAUCAUAAAGAACCAAAUCCGAGAUACCGAGGAUAUCAUCGAUAAAGAGGUUGACGAAUUCAAUCUGCGAAAAGAGCGAAAACUCAAAGCGUUGGGUAUCCCAACCGAACCCCCUCCGCUUGAACCCAAGAAUACUGUGGGUAGUAAAACUAAUGAUGAGCACCCUACUGACAAUCCUCCACCAUCUAAUCCCACUCCUGCUACUGCUAAUCGCCCCCCUUCACGUACCGGUAAGGUCGGUCAUCAUGAGAAAGAGCCUGACAGGGCAGACGACGUCAUGAUAGAGGAGGUCGAAGAUACAGUAAUUUACUGAAGGUCGCCACCUUUGGUUUGGAUUUGGUUUUCUUCCACAUUCUAUUUAAGCGCUGGCGAUGGCUGGCUGGAAAUACAGGCGUUUUCGGUUUUUAUUUUCACACGGUACUGUUCUAUGGUCUGGGGUUUAUUGCUGUAAGUUUCGAGGUCUCGGAACUAACCAUGAAUAAAAGUGAUAGUCGAAUAUAUGCAUACAUUUUUGCACCAUGUCCGCAUUUCGCCUAUGAUACCAGAGGAUAUUGAACAGACUACUAGGACUCCUAGGCUAUUUAAAUCCGUCGAGACCCAACGAUACAUGUUCCCCGUAUCGCUAAGAAUCCCUAGCUACCCAAUGCAAUGCUAAGGUUUUGUAUUCAAUAUUGAGACCAUCCAGGUAGGAAUGCAUGAU